AUGUACGACGACCCUGCUGCCAAAGCUAUCAUCAUCUCAAGCGAUCAUGUACAUUUCCGCGUUUCCACUUGGCAUCUUAAACAACAGAGCAAUUCACUUCGGGGAAACCAAAACCUUGACCCCCUUCAUCUUACUGCUGAUGCUCGUAUUAUCCGUCGUUUGAUAGGUCUUUGUUAUCCCAACGCCUGGAGAGGACUUAUCGACGACUUGAAUAUCACCGACCUCCGUAUCCUUCUUCAUCAAUGUAACCAGCUUGAAUGUCAUGAAUUGAUUCGCAAGAUCCUUAAAUGGUUACAAGAAUCAUGUGGCGGUAUCGAUAGAGAUGCUUUAUCAGUCUUUGCUCUAUCUGUCGAUUACAAUAUGAUCAACAUAGCUCGAACUUCGAUAGCUCAUUUUCGUGAACAUUCGGAAUGGCCUCUAUACCCUAUUCCGUUCAUAAAGUGGGGACAUGAAACUCCCGUUCAUUCAAAAGAUCCAUAUCGUAAUCUGACAUCGUUAUUGCAACUCACAUGUGGUCGCAUAAGGACAUCGGAAGAAGGGAAUGUGAUUGUGAUUCCUUGGAAAGAAGUGGCCAAGACGUUUGAUCCUGUUUGGUGA